CUUACUCAGGGCAGAAAUUUCGAGUCGGCGUAUAUAAUACACGCUAUAUACUUUGCCUGUAUAUAGUAUAAUACUCGAUUGAUAUACACACACAUACAUCUAUAUAAACGAAUAGGAAGAGACAUUGCGUUUUUACGCGACACACACAAGCGAAGAAGUCUUGCGGUGAUUCAGCACAAGUCUCAUAGACCCCCGUGUGUAACGUGCGUGUGUGUCUGUGUCGUUCAAUUAUCACGUAUCUACAGUGUACCUCUCUCGGUUUAUCGCGCAGUAUCGCGAAGUCAAUUGCAGCGGCGAUUCACAUUUAUUAGUCUCUGUGUGACUUUUUCGGUGUUAUAUUAAAACCCAUCUCUUACUCUCUCGUUCAUCAUGGUCAAGGCCGUUUGCGUUCUCCAAGGCGAGUGCAGGGGCACUCUGUACUUCGAGCAAAACAGCGAGAGCGAGCCGGUUAAGGUCACCGGCCAGGUUACCGGCCUGAAUCCGGGUCUGCACGGAUUCCACAUUCACGAAUUCGGCGACAACACCAACGGCUGCACCAGUGCCGGGCCCCAUUUCAAUCCCCUGAAGAAGGAGCACGGCGCACCUACCGAUGCCAACCGUCACGUCGGUGACUUGGGCAACGUGAAAGCUGGCACCAACGGCGUUGCCGAGGUCGACAUCACCGACAAGCAGCUUCAACUUCAUGGAGCUCACAAUAUCCUUGGCAGAACUGUCGUGGUUCACGCUGACCCCGAUGACUUGGGCAAGGGUGGUCAUGAACUUUCCAAGACGACUGGCAAUGCUGGUGGUCGCUUGGGCUGUGGCGUCAUUGGAAUCGCAGCAGGGCCAAGUUCAUAAACUUUAAUAUCUAUCAAGAGCUUUGAGUUGCUGCUUGAAGUCAUUACAAGAAGUCAUCUUCCAAAGGCAUAAUAUUUAUUAGAGAACUGAGUUAUUGAAAAUUACAAAUAUAUUUGAUGAAUGUUCAAAAUAUACAUCAUGUGUAUUGGAAAUAAUUGAUAUUAUGUUUAUAUUAAAGAGUACAAAAUUAAAUCA